GUUGUCAAAUCCACAAACAUCGCGCUGCGCGCCGCUUCGUUUGCUUUUCUCUCUUCUCAUUGUAUUUUUUCCAUUAAAUUGUGUUGGUGAGCCGUGAAAAAUGAGUGGCCCGAACGGGAUGUUGUACGGUGGUGAUGAAAUAGGUGCACUAGUGUUCGAUCCUGGGCACCACUCGCUCAGAGUGGGUUACGCUCAAGAGGACACUCCAAAGGCUGAUAUUCCUGCCGUGGUUGGCGUAGGACCGGCUACUCACAUCCCUGAGGCCGAAGAGAAGGUUCCUGAUGGGAAUGUCACUCAGAGCGGCACAAAAGCAGGCAACGAACUGCGGCACUACAUAGACGUGACGGAACUGCACGUGGCUCGGCCCGGCAUGGAGGCACAGACGUACAUGAAGGACGGACAAGUCGACAACUGGGAUCUGUUCGAGAAGAUGCUCGACUACUGUUACGCUAAGGUCAUUCGUUCCCCAUCAGAGCACCAUCCGGCUCUCUUCACAGAGGCAGUCUGGACAACCAGACCAGCCCGAGAGAAGCUAGCGGAACUGCUGUUUGAGAAGUACCAAGCGCCUGCCUUCUUCUUGGUGAAGAACGCUGUGUUGGCUGCGUUUGCCAACGGGAAGUCGACGGCGCUGGUGGUAGAUGCUGGUGCGAGUCAGACGUCGGCUGUACCGGUCAUUGACGGGUACGCCAUAACAAGCGCAGCGGUGCGAUCGCCGGUGGGAGGCGACCACCUGGCCAACCAGGCGAAGGCCAUGCUCGCUUCCAUGCACAUACACAUGCUGCCUGUUUACAGUAUACAGAGCAAAGAAGUGAUCCGCGAGAGAGAGAGGGCGCGCUACACGCUGAAGACUCUGCCCGCCGGUCUCACUCACUCGUGGCAACAGUACAUGUUGAAACGACAGUAUGAGGACUUCUGUCACUGCAUCGCACAGGUGUCGGAAAGUGCUUACGACGAGCGCACAGCGGCGUCGGUCCCGGGCGUGCACUACGAGUUCCCGGGCGGCUACCACCAGGACUUCGGCCCCGAGCGGUUCAAGCUCACCGAGUGCUUGUUCGAGCAGACGCGAGGCGCGCCGCAUCUGGUGUGCGCAGCCGCCUCGGCUUGCGACGCGGACGCGCGUCCCGCUUUAUGGGGCUCAGUCGUCGCUUGCGGCGGCGUCGCCAACACCUCCGGCUGGCUGGAGCGGCUGGCCAAGGAGCUGGCGGCGCGGGCUCCGUCCUCGCACCGGCUGAAGAGCCACGCCGCGCCCUCGCCCAGCGAGCGCCGGUUCGCGGCCUGGAUCGGUGGUUCGAUCCUGGCUUCAAUAGGCUCCUUCCAGCAGAUGUGGAUCUCGUCCCAGGAGUACGACGAGGGAGGCAAAGGGCAGCUGGAGCGGAAGUGUCCCUAGCUAGACGCCGCGACUGGAGACGACGCGCCGUGAUGACCUGAGGUCUUCAAAUAGGGCCAGAGCCAUAAAGUUAAUAUACCUAGCGCAGUGUUUUUCAACUACACUCGGCAUCAAAUAAACCGCACCUCCCGCCACAAGCACUUUUCAAACGUAUGCAUCCAUGCAAAAAGGACACGCAAGUAGAAGAACUUGGUUUUAUAACCAUAAAAAUUGGUCUAAUUGGUCCCAAUGGUGAGCCCCAAGUGAGGCGUUUUUUCAAGUCACAUUUAUGGUGCCUGUUAAUUGUUUAUAAAAAAAUUAAAUGUGUUUUUCUUUAAGUUUAUUUAUUGGGCUUUCAAAUAACACCAAUAUUGUUGGGGCACCAUGAUUGUGUCAGAAGAAAAUCUUUAAAUUUCUCGUCGCGGAAGGUGCGAUUUAUUUGAUGUUGAGUAUAUUUUCAUGACACGACCAUACUAGUAUGAAAAAAAUUACGACCCCCCGAUAUUUUUAUGUUACGAAAAUGUUUAAGUGACCGAAUAGGAUAGGAGGUAGUUUUAACAACCUCUCGCGACCCCCUUAAAACCCACACGUUGAAAAACACUGACCAAGCGGAAUAGAGCAACAAAGAACUGAGCGAGCGAGAUGUCACUAGCAGCAACACUGUGUGAUAAAAAGACAGUCGCCGUCACGUCAAACAGAACCGUUUUUUGCAACUGUUUGACAGUUCGUUAGCACUUAGUGGCACGCUGAAAAUUUGAACUUUUGAGAUAUUUUCAGAUUUAACAUGAGUGAAAUCGUAGAUGUUUAAAAGAAGUAGUGCUUCAGAAACGUGGUGACUGGUUCACUGAUUGAUUUAUUGUACAAAACAGUGAAAGAAUCCUGACACUGACACACAAAUAACAUCCAGUGUCAUCCAAAAUCGGUUUCGUUCGACAGCUCGUGGUUGUUGUUGCUCUAUUCCGAAGGAAUUAACAUUAUGGCCACGGCAGACGUGCGACUUUUACGGCGAUUUUGAAACGUCAAGUGGUCUAAUAGUAGCAUGUGUGUUGUGGCUCUUAUUUUGAUAUUUCUCAGCCGCGCGCAUUCGUCAUGAAGUCGACACUCGACAGUCUAUGUGACUAUUUGACAAUUUUAAAAUAAUAUAGCAACAAUAGAAAUCACCAGAAUGUCAUUUUACAAUGUUUUUUACAAUACUGACCUGAAAGAAAGUAAUUCAAAUACCACAUAAAAUAGUAUUUAUUGUAAAAUGACUGUCAGAAAAACAAUUGAACCUCAAUAUCAAGUGCAUGUGCACUAAACAAAUAACGUGAAUAGAAAAAUGAUAGCAGAAGAGAAAAGUGAAAAUUAGAGAUUAUAACAAAAUAAUCUGAAAAGAUGUUUGUCUUAAAUUAUUUCUGUUGUUUUUUAUGAUGUUAAAUAAAAAUAGUUAGGGACCAGUCUUGUAGGUAAAAAUUAAAAUGUCAUUCUGGUGAUUUUUAUUUUUUAGAAAUUAUGGAAUUAAUUCUUCCAAAAAUCGGCAGGCCUCAUGAUUAAGCAUGUACCAAUUGUUAAUAAAAUAUACGCAUAAAAAUGUAAGAAGCGUUUUAAGAUAUUGUACCUUCAAUCCGGUCGAGUUAACUGCGCAUCUGGCGGCCGUGACGUCACAUCGACGCUCUGGUACGGACAGUGAGUUGCGCAGGUAGCUUAAUCGGGUUGUAACUGGUACAGUCUGUCUCUGUCAUUCAUAUUACAUGUGACAGAGACAACUAUACGAACGAAGCAAUGGUGAUUGUCCAAUAUAAAAGUUUUAAGUACACACAGCACAAUAGAACUUAUUUCAAACUAGAUAAGAGCGACCUUUAUUUACAACUUAAACUUUCAAUAACUCCAAAUGUAUCAUUGGACCUUAGGGCAAGGGAAUAAACUUCAACAUAUUAUUGUGGGAAUUAUAUUCCCACUUGGGAAUAGUUCCCACCAUAAAGGAUUAAUGUGUUAAAAAUUACAAUCGCCUGCAUAUUAAUCCACAUUUUUGUUCCAAAAUAGGGCUUAUUCCGCUAUUCCCCAUUGACAAUCCCCGUCAACGGGGAUUAGUGAACUUUUUGUUCACUAUUCCCCGUUAACGCCAAUUUGAUUGAACUUAUAAAAUCCUAAUAUAACGGGGAUUAAUGAACUUUUUGUUCACUAAUCCCCGUUGACGGGGAUUGUCAACGGGGAAUAUUGGAAUAAGCCCAAAAUAGCAACUUUUAUAACCACAUUUGAAGUCGCAAUGUUAAAUUGAGAGAACAAACAGCAAAAUGUAUAAUUAUUAGAUUUUUAAAAUACGACAUAAGCUAUAGAGUACAUAAGAUGUGUGUAGUGAUUGUAUGAAUGUCAGUUGUGGUUUUUGACUGAGUAAUAAAUAUUUUUAAGGAUA